GUUUGGUAAACGGAUAGAGAAUUUGAUCGUAUUCAGGAUAGUGACAAUCCUUUUACUGUUAAAACUUUAUCAUCUCCUUAUCAUAUAGUAUCCAAAGAAUAAUAAGUGCAGACGACCAUCAGAAUCGGUGAAAAAUCCGCUCUACAGCAAUGGAACCACCGAGUUUCCACCCGUGCGAUGAAGCCGUAAUUUCCACCAACGACGAUGCAAGCAACUGCAAAAGGUCCGCGGUGAAGCUAGGCUAUUGGAAGGACGAUUUUAUCGGCCACUUCGUGCGCAACCCAGAUCGCAAAGCACCCGAAAUAAACCGCGGGUAUUAUGCCCGUGUCAAGGGUAUCGAGAUGUGCAUUGAAAAAUUUUUCAAGAAAACUGGAGAUAAAUGCCAAAUCGUCAAUUUGGGCUGCGGCUUCGAUACGUUGUACUGGAGAUUACGAGAAGCCGGACACAUGGUGACGAACUUUGUUGAGCUCGAUUUUCCCACCGUUACCUCCCGCAAGUGUUACCAAAUUAAGCGAAAUAAGAUUUUGCUCGAGAAAAUCCACGUUGAAGAUGGAGAAGUACGCCUCAGCCCCACUGAUCUGCACUCGACAAACUACCACAUAGUUGGCGUGGAUCUACGCAACAUCGACGAGGUGGCGCUUAAGCUGCAACAAUCCGAGAUCGACUACAACGUACCGACCAUCUUCCUGGCCGAGUGCGUGCUGGUAUACAUCGAACCGCAGAACUGCAACAAUCUGCUGAAAUGGUUCGCUUCCAACUUCAAAACGGCGGCAUUCGUGAACUACGAGCAGGUCAACAUGAACGAUCGGUUCGGUGAAGUCAUGCUGACCAAUCUGAGGCAACGAGGCUGCAGUUUGGCUGGAGUAGACUCGUGCAUUUCGCUCGAUUCGCAAAUCUCCAGAUUUCUUCAGUGCAACUGGCACGGUGCCAGAGCGUGGGACAUGGUGCAGAUCUACAAUAGUAUUCCCGCCUCAGAGCGAGCGCGAACCGAGCGGAUCGAGAUGCUGGACGAAGCGGAGCUGCUGGUGCAACUGUUUCAGCACUACUGCAUCUCGAUCGCCUGGAUAGGGGACUUAUUUCAGGAUGUAGAGAUCACGGUGGAAAAACAGCUUUCCUCGUUGAACAUAGAUUAAUCGACCGAAUGGCGCAUGUCUCCGAAUGCCGGCCGCAACGACAGAGGCUUGUGGUGUUAAACCCGUACUGCAAACCCUACGACUCCCAGGAACAAGAACCCACAAACGCCCCCAUAAAGGAAAAGGAAAAAAGUGGCAGGAAAUCGAAUAACGAAACUCUACAAUCAAAUCCAAUAGAAGGAACAUUUAGCACAUUGAUCGUAUUUUAAACGUUUUUGCACAGU